AUGACGAGAGUUAUGCGCAGGCCAUUGGGUCGCGCGUCGUCGCACAGGAGGAACCGUCUCCGCGAUUCGGCUCGGGUGACGUUGGAAAGAAGCUAUGCGUGGGAGAGGAGGGAGGCGAUCAGAGGCGAGGCGUGGAAGAACAGGGUCCGUCUCCUGUCAACGGAGGAAGGUACAGAGGCCAGUACGGGUAGUGCCCCAGAGGGGAAAUUGGAUGAAGAGGCGAAAGAGGUGACGAGGUACCGGCCAGGGUCUGGUCUGGACGAUCGGGGCCGGGCUGCAGGAGCUGCAGUGGUUAAUGUAUGUGCGUGGAAGUACCGUAUCCACCUAUCACGAUGA